AUGGAAUACUGGUUUGACAGAGCUCAGCACGAGGAGAGACUGCACGAGCGCUUCCCUCGCGGCCACGAUAGUAGAAAGACUGCUACAGGCGCCCUGGAGUGGUAUCUUACCAUCGACAACCGCGUCGCUUCUGCUUUCGAACACCUCAAGAUCACCGAUCUGUGGAUCGAACAGCUGGACUUGAUCAUGGCUCUGGAGAAGCGCGAGGUCUUCAGCAUCAUCCCAGCUCACCAAAUCACCAGACCUUGCCGCAUGGCCGCUGUCAUCAUGCAGGUUUGCGCUGCGCUGUCUAUCGAGAAGGGCAGAAAGUCUCCCGUCCCCAUCGACGAGGAGGAGAUGGAGGAGGGCAUCUUUGCUCGUCCUUACCAGCUUGUGCUUGUUGGUGACGAGGACAUUGACCCUGCUCUCUACAAAGAUGCUCUGACUCUUGCUCACCACACUGGCGUCAAGCUGUCUGCUCCCGCUAUCAACAUUACCUAUCCUGGCGAUGAGUACAUGUACCUGACCAACGCCGAUAUCGUCUUAGUCAGUAUCCAGCGCCUCAAGAAGCUCGUCGGUAGCAAGGCCAUUCAACUGUCUUGCGUCACCCGCAUCGUCAUCGACGAGCCCAUGUACAUCGACAAGCCCACCUGGAAUGAUUUGGUCAUGGUUCUUCGUCACCCUGAGAUGAACCCUAACGUCGGCGCUGUCUUUGUCGGUCGCAAGGCUUCCUUGGACGAGUCUGUCAAGAAGAAGGUCUGCGACUUCGCUACCGUUGCGCUUCCCUACUGGCACGCUCACACUGGCGAGAGCCGCGCUAAGGCUCAAGCCGAGUGGGACGCCUAUGCUCGUACUCUCAAGUUCUGA